CCAGGCCAACGACCACUGCAUGCGAGCCGUGGUCCGUCCGCGUUCAACUAUCCGAGGAUCACUUGCAUCGUCGCAGCUUCGCCCUCCUGUCUUGCUGCUGUAGCCAACCACGUCGCCAUCCUUCCCCCGUUUUGGCAUCCUGAUCCCCUUCGCGUUCCUCUGACGCGCCCGCGGCCUUGCGACGGUGCCCUCACCCUUUCCCCGUCCUGCCUUGGCCCGUCAUGUAUAGCACCUCCCAAUCCUCCGUUCCCGCUCCGAUGAAUGGCAUCGGAGGGGAACUGGUCGAUGGGUCGGGGACGAUCAAUCCCGCGGCCUUGAACAAUGUCGCCGUUGUACUUCCAACCCCUCCUUAUGGUGGAAUUGCAACCCCAACGAGUAUAGCUCCUCGUGGUGUAAAGCGAAGUCGAACCCCAGACCAGCGCGGGAAUGCACGCGCGGACGGAGACCAUGACGACGCAGAUGAACAAGGCCGUCGGAAACGAGGUCGUCCCCCAAAGACUCCACGACCAUCAACAACGAGCACCAGCGAUCAAACUUCUUCGUCCAACAUCCACCUCCAAACCCCCCGUUUGCAGACUCAACCUCUUCCGUCGCCAGCGACCGUCAAUGUGUCGCCUCCGCAGGCUUCUCCGCCAGAUAAAACCACGCCUACCAAGUCCACUCUCGUCAAGGCCCUCCCGACCGUCCGAGACCAUACGACGGAUCAACUCAAUGAAGAAGGUGACGAAUACAUCCCCAAGGAAUUCGACGAGGCCGGUGAGAAGAAGGUCGAUGCCAUGGGCUACCUCCAAGGUGGCCGAGAGUACAAAUGUCGAACAUUCCGUGUUCCUCUCCGUGGGACCAAGCUUUUCAUGCUUGCGACCGAAUGCGCAAGGGUGUUGGGAUAUCGCGAUUCGUACCUCCUCUUCAACAAGAACCGGUCGCUGCACAAGAUAAUUGCCACGCAGAUUGAGAAGGACGAUCUCAUCCAGCAGGACAUCCUGCCGUACUCCUAUCGCUCGCGUCAGAUUGCAAUUGUGACGGCCAAAUCGAUGUUCCGUCAAUUCGGGAGCCGGGUGAUUGUGAAUGGGCGACGCGUGCGCGAUGACUACUGGGAGAGUAAAGCACGUAAGCAGGGAUUUACGGAGGAUGAUUUGGCUGGCGAGAAACGGCCAGGCGGUACCAAGGCCCGGGAUGCGGCCGCAGCAGAAGCGGCGGGCGCAGCGAGCUUCCUGCCCGCCCUGGCUCACGGCGAUGUCAUCUACAGCAACGCGCUGGAAGCUGUGCCGAAUAGCUUACCUCUUGGCCCUCCGUCAUCUGUCUCUCUCGCGCCGCUCCCCAUGAUCCAUAUGGCUACCACCACCGACGAUCCCCGACUGAGAGAGUAUAACAGCAUGCCUCGCCCUCGUCAGGAGUUGACAGGCCAGCCUUACCAGGACCGCUCGACACCCAGCUCUGCCGCUGAAAUUCUGAACCAGGCGUCGCAUACCGCCGACUUCAAUAAAAUCCUCACGUCGCAACGGAGUUAUCGCCAAAAAGGACUGGAAGAGUUCUAUGCGAAACAGCGGGAGAUCCCCGUCUCCGCCGCGCAAUCACAGCCGGGCCAGCUCGAUUCGACGCCGUCUGUGUCCCAGCCCUUGCAGUCGCCGCAGAUACCUUCCACUGGAAUGAUGAACUCGGCUCAGUCGCAGCAGGCAAUGCUUCCCCACCAGGCACCGAUCAUGCCUGGCCAAUCUGGUUUCCAGCCACCGGCAGCCCACCAGCAGCCACCUGUGGCGCCAUCGCCCGUUCGGGGGGUGCCCCCCGUUCGUCCGGAAUUGAUGCAUCAACGGUCUAAUCCUGCCAUGGCUGCAGGGACACCACAGCCGCCUACCCCCUACGGCUUUCCAUCUCAAGCGCAACAGAUGUGGGGACAGCCACCGCCUCAACCGCAACCAUCUCCACUAUCCGCUGGCCCUCAGGGCGUCGGAAUGCCACAGUUCGCACCCCAGUUGCAUGCACAACAGUCCCCCUCUCCGCUCGCACACUCCAUGCCGCAGCAGCAACAUUCUCAAUCACCUCGGAACCAACCUCGCCCAUCAGUGCCUCCGAUGCCGCAGUCUUUCCCGAUGCAUCCCCAGCAGGCUCCGCAACAACAGCCCAUGGCGGCGAUGGGGUAUCCCGGUGUCACGGCGGCACCGUAUCCGGCUGUGACCGCUGCCAGAGGCAUGUAUCCUGCGACGCAAGGCCCGGGGGGUCAACAGUUCAUGGCAGGCACCCCCCAGCAGCCAGGUAUGGCCAUGGGGAUGAGCGCCGGCGGUGCCAUGCCAGGGUGGCCACCCGCUGGUCCGAUGCAGCCCGGUCAUCCGCAGCCUGGUCAGUCUGGGACUCCGCUCGGGUGGUCAGGCUAUUGAACAUGAGCUGAACGAGACAAUAUCCUCGGUGGCGGCGUUGUCCAAAUUCGGCGUUUGCGGAAAUGGGAGUCGCACUGGUGAUGAUGAUGCUGUGGGUCUAUGAAAAAGAGACGCGCCCGCUCAAGGUUA